AUGAGUAUUUCUACAAGAAAAGCACUUCGACAUGAUGUCAAACCAUUCAAUACAUUUAUUAAAAAAGCGUCGGUUAGCCCAACAACUCGUAUAAUUACGUUUGAAAAUGUGCCUGACUUCUUGGAAGUUAAACAAGUCAAAAACAUUACCGUCAACAAAUACAAAUUACAUUUUCCUUUCAUAGCUGAAGUUAAUCGUGUCGAAAUAUUACCUCUUAUUCCACAAAAAAACUCUAACAAAAUUCAGGGUAAAACCGGUUAUGGAACAUUGUAUUAUACUAUCGAGAUUUACAAUAGUAAUCAUAAAGAAAUGUUUUUGCAACAUCAAAAGCUUGCUACAGGAACAGUUGCAAGUUGGACAGUUUAUGAUAUUCUUGGUGAUGAUCCAACAUAUAUAAAUAUGGUUGAAUUCAUUAAAACCAUGCUAUUAUUGGUAGAGAGAUGUAAUAAAGUUGCGGAUGACAAAUUAAAAGAAUUGUUGGAUCAAUUCAAAAAAAAUCCUUAA